AUGUCCACUUUAGCCCCGUAUAACCGUCAGCCUCAGAACAGAUUGACUAGGAAGAGGUUUACACAUCACAAAAGUUUAGAGGGAGGGACGAAUUCUAAUCUAGGGGUUGUGGAGAAAUGGGGACGGUUCCAGAUGUCGGCUCAGCCUGGUUUCCGUUUCAUUAAUCCAUUUUCCGGCAAAUACCGUGCCGGAAUCCUCUCCACCAGGAUCCGCUCGCUUGAUGUUCGUGUCGAGACCAAGACUAAGGACAAUGUGUUUGUGCAAUUGGUUUGCUCAAUACGAUUCCGAAUUGUCGAAGCAAAUGCCAUGAUGCAUUUUAUGAAUUGCAAAAUCCCAAAGCACAGAUUGGUUCGAGCUCUUGUUUUACGAAUGAAUUUAGAUGAGGAGAACGAAACCUUGUUUUUAAGGAUGUGGAAAACUCUCCCUCAAUUACUUGUUUUAAAACCUUGAGGAAAAGUCCAAAGAAGAUAAUAUCUACUAGUGGCGGAUUUGGACUUGAACUGUUCCAGACGAACUCUUGCUAAAGCAUGGAGGAACUUGAGAAGGUAACUCAAGUAAUUAUACAUUGAAUUAGGAUACAGUUUCUAUAUAACAUGUGAAUAUUGUUGGAUCUAAUCAACUUUGUUCUUGGAUACUCUGGAAGCAUUUAGGGGUAAUUGAACUCAUAGGUUAGUCUUGUGUAACUCAUGGCUAAGAUACUGAACUUAUGUUUUUUGUUCAUCUAAACUAUCACUAGUCUCAUGGAUUGAAUCAUAGCAUCUUGUGAUAUAGAUGCUUUCAUAGCAUCUCUCUUUUACCAUUGUUACUCACUAACUUGUCUAUAGCUUAUAGAAUCGGUUUUGCUUCCUCAGUUCUAAUUUCUGUAUAAUUAUGGUCCAUCCUUCUCAAAGGCUUAAGAUUGCGAGUGUAUACAAAGGAGAAGCAGAGAAAAUUCUCCAGAUCAAAAAGGCCGAGAGAACAUAUAGGAAUUCUCUCAUAGGGUGGAAGGUACCUCAGGCAAGGAGGUCAUGGAUUUGAAUAUGAUCACUCGGUACUUCGACACCAUUAAAGACCUGGGAAACUCUUCAAAGAACACAACUGGGUCAUGUUUGGAAUA